AGGAGUGUUGGUGUGCAAUUCUUGAAUACCGCACCAAGCUUUGCUUUUAGUUUUUUAAGGCAGUGAACAAGAAGGAGAAUGCAAGGCAAUAUCAGUGCUCUUCUGUUGGGUUACUGCUGCUUCCAGAGGUCUUGCACUGUUUGUCAGCCUUGAGCAGAAGUUGAGACAUCUGCUUUGGGGAAUGGCCUGAAUGAAUCUGAGGCUCUCCAAGUCCCAGAGCUGGAGCUGUUUUGCCAGAUUGCGACCAGAGCUCUCGUUUGUCCGGCGCUUGAUUCUCCUCCUGAAAGAAAUGCCACAGUUAGCCUGGGGCGAUGCUGCCUAUGGUGUGCUCAUCUGAUGGAUGGGAUCCUCCUUCUGCAUCUGCACCUGGGAGGAAAUGUUGUCCAGAUCUUGGAAUUAAGGCUGAGAAGUGCUGGGCUUUGCUCCUUACGUUGCUUUUUCCACACUUUCUUGUUUUCCCUGUGAAAGUUGCCCUUCUUGCUCCGAUCCCUAUCAGCCUCCAGAGCUCAUCUCUUCAUGCCAACUUCAGAGGCAGCCCGCACAGCAGGCAGAAGAUGUGCAGCUUCAACUUCAAGCCUUGGGAUUCUGCCCCUUCUGUGUCCCCAGGGCAUGGAGUGCUGGCACCUGAGGACUGGAGCCCUGUGGGAUCUGCACCUUGGGGUGGGAAUGCAACGGGCCUGUUUAGCUGUGCUGGAGCAUCUUUUCUGUCAUCGCAGCGGGGUUUUGGAACAGAGCGUUUUGGAUUCCGUGUUCCUGCAAUGCCUGUGGAUGCCUGGGCUCCAUGUGUUGGACUGUUCCAUGUGUGGGAUCGCAUCCUGACAUUUCCUUCCCGGGGGGGAUCCGUGGGCCUUUGCAGCCGGUGCCUUGUGCUUGGCAUAUGGAAGAAUGUAACGCAAGCUGUAGAAGAAAAACCAGAGCCUCCAACUGUUGAGGAGAUCAAAGAGAAGAUCGAAAAAUACAAUGCGAAAGUUACAAACUGCCUGCUGAUGAAGCUGAGUGAUGAUGGGACCUACACAGGUUUCAUCAAGGUGCACCUGAAGCUGCGCCGCCCGGUGACGGUGCCGGCGGGGAUCCGACCGCAGUCCAUCUAUGAUGCCCUCAAGGAGGUGAACCUGGCAGAAACCACGGACAGGAGGACGUCCUUCUACCUGCCUCUGGAUGCCAUCAAACAGCUGCACAUCAGCAGCACGACCACGGUGAGCGAGGUGAUCCAGGGGCUGCUCAAGAAGUUCAUGGUGGUGGAUAACCCGCAGAAGUUUGCACUGUUCAAGGAGAUGCGGAAGGAUGGGCAAGUCCUCCUGCAGAAGCUGCCCCUCACUGAAUUCCCGCUGUACCUGCGGCUGCUGGCUGGCCCUGACACUGAUGUGCUCAGUUUUGUGCUGAAGGAGAACGAGACCGGGGAGGUGGAGUGGGAUGCGUUCUCCAUCCCAGAGCUACAAAACUUCUUAAUGAUCCUGGACAAAGAAGAGAAGGAUAAGAUCCAGCAAGUGAAAAGGAAGUAUGAGAAGUUCAAACAGAGACUGCAGCAGAGCUUGAAAGAGGCUGGAGACAAACCUGGCUAACCCUCAGGGCACACCGGCAGUCAGACUAAGCUACGCGUGGUUCUUAAAAAGAACAGACUCUUCUCAGGACACCUUUUGGUGGUCACCCUCCCUCUUCAUCCCUCCAUUAAGGACGUAGCACCCAUUCCAUGGACGUGUUGUGUUUCCUUCUUUUGAAACCUCGUACCCCAGGACCAGAGCCAGCCCAACAACAGGACGCCGGCACCAGAACUGCUGGGGUGCGCUGAGCAGCUCUGUGGGCAACGCUGAACCCAGCAGGAAGAGCAGGCUGAGCUGCUCACGCUCCUCCCAGCAGCUCUCUUGCUACAGCUCUGCAGUUGCAUUGCGUGUGCCCACGUGGCCCAGUUCUCAUUUAAGCAGGGCACAGGAAGGAGCAGACAGCACAGAGGUUGGUGCGCCGACCCAUGCGGGUGUUGCAGCUGUAACCGAUGCCAGACAGACUUGUUCAAGGCUGAGGUGGGAAAUGCAGUCGUGGCAGCUGCAGCACCCUGAUUGUCCUUCGGUAAGUGAUAUUCAAUCCAGGGAAAGUCAUUUAUUUUGUUGCUAAUUAAUUUCAAAAAGAGACUUGAAUUUGAGCAACUAUCCAUGAUGCUUAGCUGAGCUAGCCUGUGUGUUAGGAGUUUUCUACUCUGUAGGAAUUGGGACCUAUGUUUUAAGAGAAAAGCAUGAAGAUGGGGGUGUGGGAUGGUGGUUCUGCAUAGAACCCUGAGCAAUACACAGCCAGCAGACGAUUGCAGGGAAGCUCAAAGCCCUCUUUCACCAAUCAGACCCAUUUUGGGCUGUGAAGGGGUCUGGCAGGAGGGAGAGGAGCUCCAACCCAGGCUGGCUUGUGGACGUGUCCACAGCAGUAUCUGUGCAGGAGAUCCUUAGCACCAGAAAGAGCAAGGAAACCACAAACCUGAGAUGCUUUCCUGCCACCACCCCCUUGCACCAUGCCUCCUCUUGCUGACCCCCCACCCCUUUGCUGCUCUCCCACCUCUUUUCUCCCUUCCUAGUGCAAGGGAUGCUAUGGGGACGCCAAUCCCAGAGGCGAUUUCCCCACCUUUACUUUCAGCACUUUGUACUGAGCACACUGCACGUUCCAUCUUCCCUCUGUUCAGAGGACAGUGCAGCACAGAGUGAAAAGUGAACGUGAAAACUAGCUGGAUACAGAUGGAGCAUGUGAAAUGCUCCUGGUGACCCGAGUGUCUCCCACUUAUGCGAAGUAGAAAGGAGCAGGUUAUUAGGGAACAGAUGAUGGAGACAACUUGGAAGAGUCUAAAAUUUACCUCAGUGCCUUUUAUUUUUCCUGAAGUGUGAAAACUUUACAUUUGGGUUAAAGAGGAGGUUGGAAGGGGCUUUUGC